GGGGGGGGGGGUCAUGUAAACGACAGCGGAUCUAAGAAACAAGGACAACACAAGCCCGACAGAGAAAUGGGAAUUCUUGACAAAUGAAAUCAAUAUUUGGAAAAAAAAAGGAAAUAAAUAAAUGUUGGCAACAUUUUCAUCUUUUGAGAGUGUCAAACAAUCAGAUGAUGAACUUCAAGUGCACAUGGCACAUUGAAAGUCAACAAUGUCUGGUGCUCAUUUGACAUCCACACCCACAUUUUUUUAUGCGCACCCCUGUCAGUAAUCAUGAAGUCCUAUUUUGCUGUUAUUUCACACGGAAGUGUGUUUUUGGGUCCAUGCAGCAAUCACCCUUGAGCUGGAGUGAAUCAAAAUGUAAAUUCAGGUUGUUUGGCGUUCGCAGCAAUGUGUGCUGUGAUGACGUUUUCUGCAUGGAGUAACCGAUGUUGUAGUGGUUUACUCGCCUGACCCUAUCGAUACUGGCUACCAUUCUAGGGUGUAGUUUGUCUUUCGCUCAACGGAAGCAUAGAUAGGCUGCAGCUCAUCGAGACCCUGAAUAUGUGGUAUAGAAAAUGAUUGGAUGGAUUCCUGUAUUGUUUCCUUUUCGAUUAAAAAAGAAAUAAAAUCUCAACAGCGGCCCCCCCGUAGGCCAAGAAACAACUUCCAUUUCUUUUUGUUUGCCAAUACGCCAUCUCAGUGAUGCUACGUGAUGUUGGCGGAGGCUUUAUGGAGCCUGACGUUUUAUGACACGCACAAAUCAUUACAGGGACACACAAGCGAGAACAUCACCUGUGACUCAUCACAAGUGCUAACAAACCACCACCGCCUCAACACUGAGACGGCACACAAGCGAGGGGAAAGGCAUAAGUGCAGACUUGAGGGGGCACUGCGAGGAGGGACGUCAGCAUGCAUGCUGAUGGGACUUGAAGCGCAUGGCGCAACAGAGCUGCAGAAUCCCGAAUCCAGCACGAUGCAGAAUCCGCAUCCUUGUUUUGCGGUGAUGUGUGGGAGCCUGUGAAACAAGCAGCUCGCACUGCUGCAGUGGAGGAGUAAAUGCGGAGCCCAACAGUGCUCCAGGUGAGCCACAACAGCCCAGCCCGGCACGCUGCUUUCUCCUCUUGCCUUUCCUCUCCGCCUCCUCCUCCUCCUCUUCUUUCCCCCCUCUUCUUCCUCCUCCGUCUAUGCUCCAUUUCUCCGAGGGCUUUGCAAAAACGGAGCAGAAAAGCAGAGCAGAUAUCCCGCUUCCCCAUCUCUGUUCUUUGAUGUGAAACACCUUCUCGGCUGGCCGCAGCUUCCCAGUCAUCGUGUGAUGACACACAGCAUAUGUGCUCCAAUGCUUCCGCAACAGAGGCUCGCUGCACGCAGACCAGACGUUUGCACCUUGGUCCCGGUCUCGAAAGUUCAAUGAAGCCAGACACCUCCCUCCGGCCAGGAACAUGAAGGGCUUAUCGGGAAGUCGCUCCCAACACCAAAUCCCUUUACCCCAUGGCCUCGACUAUGAUCCCUACGUGCAUGACGUCCACCCGCACCAUGGCUCGGACUCCCGCCACACCUCCUACUUGCUCAGCCCAACAGAGAGCUGCCCUAUGGACUUCCAACAUCGCUACUCACCACGGAGCUCCAUCCACUCCGACUGUAUGAUGAUGUCCCCGGUUGUGAUGCCUCCCAUUGCCGUGUCCGACCACAUCUCCAGCAGCACCUUCCCCCGAAUGCACUACAGCUCCCAGUAUUACGAUUCAGCAACACGGGACGACUGCGUCGCCAUCACCGCCUCUGCCACCUCGCCGGCGGUUGCCGCCGCCGCAGCCGCCGCCGCCGCCGCCUCCUCGCAUCACGGCGGCACCAAGAGCAAUCGCCUCCCUGCCAAUCUGCUGGAUCAGUUUGAGAAGCAAAUGCCACUCCACCGGGAUGGCUUCCACACGUUACAGUACCAGCGCACAUCCACCACCGCCGAACAACGCAGCGAGAGUCCUGGCCGCAUCAGACACCUUGUUCAUUCAGUCCAGAAGCUCUUCACAAAGUCCCAUUCCCUGGAGGGAUCGUCAAAGAUGAAUGGGACAAAAGGCGACAUCGUCGGAGGCGCAGGAUCAGGGGGUUACCAUCAUCAUGGCCAUCAGACAAACAAACACGGGAGCAAGAGGAGCAAGAGCAAAGAACGCAAGCAACGAUCUGGCGGCUGGUGGAGCUCCGACGACAAUCUGGACAGCGAUAGCACCUACCGCACUCCCAGUGUUAUGUCACGACAGCACGGGGAACAUAUCACCCAUUGUUACCCAGAUUCCAUACACGGACACCACUUUGGAGACCUGUCACUCAAGGCCUCGAAGAGUAACAACGACGUCAAGUGCAUAGCCUGUGACAGUAUGGCAAUGGCGCCCGAAGGCAAAUUCAUGAAGAGGAGCUCCUGGUCUACGCUGACAGUUAGCCAGGCUAAGGAGGCUUAUCGAAAGUCAUCGCUCAACCUAGAGAAAACCAUGAUGCACACAGACCUGAAGCCUUCACGGACCUGUCACUAUCUACAGGUUCCUCAAGAUGAGUGGGGAGGAUACCCUGGGGAGAAGGAUGAUGAGAUCCCAUGUCGGCGGAUGAGGAGCAGUAGCUACGUCAAAGCUAUGGGAGAGGUGGAUGAUGAUAGCGGCGAUUCUGAAAGCCCCAAGACCUCCCCACAGAAAUGCGUUCGGCCGGAUGCUCUGGUUCUCAAGUCAGCCAUGCAGAGACCCCAUUUCGACACCCAUAGCCCGGGCUACCGCUUGCAAACCAUGAGAGACAUGCGGGCGCACCCGAGUGUUACGUUGGACCCCGCCACCACCUUUCAUCCGCCGCCCUUCCGCUCUCGCAACCAGAGUUACAUGCGCGCUGUCAGCACCCUCAGUCAGGCUAGCUGCGUCAGCCAGGUGAGUGAGACUGAGAUCAAUGGCCAGUUUGAGUCAGUUUGCGAGUCCGUUUUUAGUGAAGUAGAAUCCCAGGCUAUGGAGGCCUUGGACCUGCCGGGUUCGUUCCGCACUCGAAGCCACAGUUACCUCCGUGCAAUACAGGCUGGUUAUUCCCAAGAUGACGACUGCUUGCCUUCAAUGACAUCCUCCACUGUCACUUCAACUCUCAGAUCCACAACAGGCGCCCGUAGCUUAGCUGGGGGGCGUAGAGAGUACGGUAGGUCCGGCAUUCAGUUUCGUCUCCCUACUUCAUGCAGUGUGGACCGCGCUCAGCCACCACCAGCGGUGUCAUAUCCUCCUAGUUACAAGAAGACCCCACCUCCUGUGCCCCCGCGCGCCACCACCAAGCCUCUUAUCUCUGUGACAGCCCAGAGCAGCACCGAGUCCACCCAAGAUGCCUACCAGGAGGGGAGGCAACCGCGAGGUGGUCUGUGGGCCACCGACAGCCUCGGACGUCCCAUCUACAACUCCAUGGACAGCCUGGACAGCUCCAAAGCGGUCACGAUGGCCAUGGAAUCCGUGGCGCCCAAGAGGCACGCGUCUUUGGGUAGCCACAGCUCCAUCCAGACAUGCGACAAAGCCGUGUUGGUAUCCAAGGCGGAAGAGUACCUCAAAACCCCGAGAUCCUCUAUCGGGAUACAGGUGGAAACUGUGACAGACUCUGAGACUGAGAGCAAAGGCCUUCCUCAGUUUCACUCGAUAGGUAUCCAGGUGGAGGAUCACAAAAGGCGUGGGCGGGUCAAGCGCUCCAACAGCGUUACCACAGCGGUGCAAGCCGACAUGGAGCUGGAGGGCUUCCCCUCCAUGGAAGACAAGGGUCUGCAGUUCGGUGGCGCUUUCGGUCGCCACUCUGAGCCAAGCACGCCCACGCAGUAUGGAGCCAUCCGCACGGUGCGCACGCAGGGCCUGUUUAGCUACAGGGAGGACUACCGAGUCUCCAGCGGGCCGCCCAGCCCGCAGCCUGAACCCUGGCUGGCUGAACCCAGCCUGGAGGCCAGCGAGGCGGGUCGAGUGUCUCCUCUUCGCAGGGACGGAGGCUGGUUCAUGCAGCUUCUUCAUAAUGAAUCCAAAAGGAUGGAGGAAUGGUGUAAAGAGAUGGAGAGGGAGGCAGAGGAGCAUGAUCUGUCGGAGGAGAUUCUAGGUAAAAUCCGGAGUGCGGUGGGAAGUGCACAGCUGCUCAUGUCCCAAAAGUUUCAGCAGUUUUACUGGCUUUGUCAGCAAAAUCUGGACCCAAGCGCCAUGCCCAGACCCACAUCUCAGGAUCUGGCCGGAUUCUGGGACCUCUUGCAGCUUUCCAUUGAAGACGUCACUGCCAAAUUCGAAGAGCUGCAGCAGAUCAAGAGCAACCAGUGGCAGAUGGUGGAGAGUCCUGAGAAGAAGGAUCGAAAGUGGAUUCCUCCUCUGACCAAGAGGCCCUCCAGGGGCCGUGGCGGCGUGAUGCGGGAGCGAUCCCUGGACCUUCAGGACCGCCAGCGUCAGGAAGCCCGCAGACGGCUCAUGGCUGCCAAGCGCGCGGCAUCAUUCAGACAGAACUCGGCCACCGAGCGGGCUGAUAGCAUCGAGAUCUACAUCCCGGAAGCUCAGACGAGGCUUUGAGGUCCACGGAUUCAUCCUUGGUCACCAUUGUUGUGUUUCCCAUCCAACAACAGCUCUCUGCAUCACAUCUAUCUUCCAUCACUCAUUUAAAGAUGUAUUGCCAUUUCUUAUAGCCUUUAUUUUGAAAUGCAGUCUACAAAUCAACUCUGCAAAUUAUGAGGGGUACGGUGCUUGAAGCAAGCUCAAACAACCUUUUUCCCCUUCAGUUAUUAUUAAUUGAUCAAGAGCCUUGUAGGUGAGCUGCUAUUGCCCCAAAUCAAGAUCCGAUUUAUAUAUUUUGUUGGCCAUUGUAAGUUAAAUAUUAAUUUGGUAGGAGUCAAGUCCUUGAACCUAACGUUGAGAAUUCCAUAUUGCCGUUUCCACCUUCAUCCAUUUGACUCACGGAACUGAUUUUUCUUGUCUGCUGCCGGAUGCUUUCACAGUGCAGAACAACAGGAAGAGGAGAGUACGGAACAAAGCAUUUUUGCGCCUUACGAUAUUCAUGUUUGUAUUUCCAAGGGAAAUGUAGUUUAUGAAGCUCACGAUAAUGUUGCAGUUGAAUUGCAAAGGACAGUUUGUUUUGGUUCUUUUUUUUUCAUGCCAUUCUGCAUGAUUCAUUUGGAUAUUCUGAUAAGUAUACUUACAUUGGAGUCUGCAUUUAGUAGUGACAGGGCCAUUGGUUGUUUUAACAGAGCAUUUGCAUCGGUUGACAUUAGGGCAUGCGUCUACGCUGCAGCAUUUAGCUCGGAUCUCACACACACACACA